AUGUUCGCGCGACCGGGAAGGAUACGCGCGUACUGCUCCGUCUCCGGCGGAUUGGACGCAUUGAGAGAUGCCGGAGGGGUUUCCGACGUGGAGUUAUUAGAUGCGAGACAACCAAGGGUGAAGAGAGAGGAAAGAAUGGAUAAUAAAGAUGAUGAUGAUGAUUUUUACGAGGCGAGAAGAAAGGAGGAGCUCGAAACGACGGAACGACGAGAACUGCACGCGCAGUUGAACCGAGAGGACAGCGCGUACGGAUACUCAUCAUCAAACAUCAACACGAGUCGCCAGAAUAGAAGAAACACGAAUAAUAAUAAUAAUAAUAAUAGCGAAGAAGAAGAAGGACCGACGACGCCGCCGAAUCAGCGGGAGAGCGAACAACCGCCGCCUCGCGUCGGCGCCAAGAGAGGCCUGAUUCCGCACAGUCGCUCGAUGCCGGAGUUUGGCGAGGCGAAGUUAUGGGCGAGGCGAAACCGAAAGCAACCGCAAAGAUUAGACGUGAGGUUGCAGUGCGUCCAGUUGGGGGUGAUUGAGAGUCCGAGUAGUUAUGCAUAG